AAAAAAGCAUAGCAGUGCACACACGAGUCUGGUCUGCUCCAGGGAUUAUCGUAGCGCUUUCAGAUCUGAUGGAGGACAUGCAGGCAUGAAUAGGGCUGUUCUGUUGUCAGUGCGAGCUCAUGCUAGUGAUGGACUACAGCCGGACGGACGCUAACCUUAGCUGGUAUUCACGAAACAGCAUUCCUCCUUACUGAGACCAGCUCCACAGAAUGCUGAGUCCUAUUGUCCCCUAUAGCCUGUUAAAGAUGCACUGGAACCCAGAGCAUGCCCAGCCUCUCAGCCAGUGGCCUGAGCAGCACCUGGACGUCUCCUCCACCACCUCCUCUCCGGCCCACAAGUCGGAAUUCUACUCGGGCCGCGGCCGCAGCGGCUCCAACUACGCCUGGGCCAACGACGACAUCUCCGCUCUCACAGCCUCCAACCUGUUGAAGCGCUAUGCGGAGAAGUAUUCUGGCGUGCUGGACUCACCGUACGACCGGCCGCCCGCCGUGGGCUCCUACCCGGAGCCGGGGGCCUUUGGGGGCCUCAGCGUCCCGAAGACUGAGCUGGAGCCCUGGCCACUGACACAUAGCACUGAUGCCUCCUAUUCCCUGGUGCCCCCCGGAGGCCACGACAGCCUCUCAGGUUCCAAGGCUGCAGCCACGUCGGCCGGCCCUCCAGGGGUCGGCAGUGUUUCUGUGGUGAACAGUAACCUCUCGGACUCGGGCUACAGCGGCAGCAGCUCCUGCAGCGGCUCCAGCGAGUACCCCUCCACCUACAACGGCACCUAUCUUUCCUCAGGUUACUGUCCCCAACCCGGUGCAGCACUUCCCCCUGCCUCCCUCCACACUCUCCAAUCCACCCCCACCCUAGUGCCCAGCUACAGCCCCACCGCACCUGUCUAUAACUACCCCCCUAGCACGUACCCUCCCCAGACCAGCUACAGCCACCCCUCUGCAACUUACCUGCCCUCAGGUCUACCAGCCCCUACACCUGUUCCCUCCAGGCCCACAGUGGUAGGAGGCAGCUACACUUACCAGAGCACCAACCUCGGGACGACUGAGUCUGGAGGGACAUUAAAAAGAAAAGCAUUUGAGAUGAGUGUAGACGAGGACGACAGCGGGGACGGGUCUCGUUACAGGAAAUAUAGCUAUGACCCGUUGAAGGCCGGAGGAAACUCACCUUACAGUGUGAAUGACAAAACAGAGUGCAGAGGAAAUGGCUUCAGCAGCUCAGGCAGCACAGACCCUCAAACCUUUAAGCCCAGUAAGCCCUCCUCCCAGCCCCUGGUGUCUCCUCAGUACGGGGCAGCAGGGGAGUACAGCCCUCCAGCGGGCAUGACGGGGGAGAACGGCGUGGCGGAACAGGGCUUCAUCCAGCAGCAGCAGCGCUCCCAAGCCCACAAACGGCCUCCACUGUGUGGCGCUCCAACUAUUGAGACUAUGAAGAGCCCAGACCCCCGACUGUUGGACCUUGUCAAUGGGGAGUUACUGGACUGCAGCCCGGCUCUGGGCUGGGGGGAGCUGGCUGGGAUCACCCACGUCAAGGCUGCCCUGGAGGAGGACCUGCUGUGGCCCGUGUUGAGGCCCAGUCCGGUGAUGCGGCCACCAAGAACCGUCCUGCUGUUCGGCCCCCGGGGAGGGGGUAAGACCACGUUGACUCGUUCUUUGGCUUCACAGUUGGGGGCUUCCUUCUACCGGUUGAGUGGAGCCAUGCUGGCCUCUAAAGGGAAGGCAGAGGCGGAGCACAUUCUGGGGUCUCUAUUGCAGGUGGCGGGUGCGCGGCAGCCCUCAGUGGUGCUGCUCAGCCAGGUGGAGGCCAUGGAAGAGGAGGGGCUGAGGCAGACACUGCUGACAACCCUGGAGAAUGCCCAGGUGGGGAGCACAGGUCUGGUGAUUCUUGUAUGUGCCACGGGAAGGCCAGACCUGCUGCAGGACGCGGUCCAUCGGAGCUUUGCCAAGCGGUAUCACGUGGGCCUGCCAGAUGUGGGAAUGCGCAGGCAGGUGCUGCUGCAGGCGAUGUCGCCUCAGGUCUGCAGCCUGAGCGACAGGGAGCUGAGCGCCGUGCUGCAGCGCACAGAGGGGUUCUCCGUGUGGGAGCUGCUGCAGCUCAGCCACCAGGCGCUCUCCUCGGCGGCGUCCCCCACCGGGUCCCUGCACGGCUCCAAACCCCCAGCCUUCACAGACUUUGAGAAUGCCUUCUGCAAGGUGCGCCCACACACCACCAGAAAAGAACUGGACACUUGUAUAGAGUGGAGCAAGAUGUAUAACCACUGAGAAAGCAGCCGGUCGGUCGCUGUACUAGAACUGCAUCACGACCCUGUCUCUGCUUUGACAUGGAAAGCCUUGGGAAUGUUUUGUUGUUGUUUUGUAAUUACAGAUUAUGCAGCCAAAAGAGCCAGAGAAGCUCGACGGUACGGGAGAGCUGACAGAGGAGUUUUACUGGCAGAAGCAUGCCAUGGUGUGCUGUUUUUGUUUUCGUAUGAAUAUCCGCAAUAUUUUAUUUUUCCCAAAGAAAAGAAAGAUGAAUAGGCCUUGUUGAGUGAGUAUUAGUCUUUUGGCCAAUGGGAAAAUCAGAUUAUAUACUAUUUGGAUACUCUCAGAGAUCCUGAUUAGCCUUGGUCCGGGACAAAAUCAAUUAUUUGUUGCGAGGUGACGUGGUCCAAGAUGAUGGAUAAUCAGGGUUUGGAAAAUCCCCCCUUUGACUGCUACUCUCAGGAUCCUAUUUAUUGCCAGUCCACUUCCAUGUUACCCUCAUGUUGAUUUAGUCUCUAAUUAUCCAACACGAAGGGCUCGGGAUCAUUUCAGCAAACAAACAGUUUUUGACCAAAAAGACGUCAAACCAAAUGCAUAAUCAGCAGCAACAGACUGCUCCUCAAAAUCACAAUAAGUGAAUCAUUCUUAAUUGCUUCUCACCAAAUCAAAAUCUUUAUUGUUCUGAAAAAGAAAGAAAAUCAAAUGACUGUAAUUAAAUCCGCUGCUGUUCUUCCUAAAUUUUUCAAGUUAAAUCCCCGCAGUUACACUCGACAGGUUUGGUUGUACAAAUACUUCCCACGUAUCUUCAUUUUAUACUUCACAGACAGCUCACUUUAUCACUGUUGGGUCAUUGUCCUCAACUUCCACAUGCAUUUGUUUCACAUUCCUCAUCGUCUGCAGUUUUUUCCUGAGAAUCUCACAUACAGAGCAAAACACCUGCACAGCCAGCUUCUCCUACAGCGCGUCUGUUUUCUCUUUCACUUACUCCUUUUUGUUUUCUUAGUGUGUAGUCUUGUUUGAAAUGCUCAGGAAGAAUUUCUUUACCUCAGAAAUAUGAAAUAAAGAAUGUAUGUAAUCUUAGGGUCUUAGUAGAGAGCGGCGGAGCAAGAGAAAGGAGCGAGGAGAAACCUGACAGUCUUGUAAUACCCACUACAGCUGGGCUUUUACCUCGGGGGAGAAACUUGAAUAUGCUACAAAGAGUAACAUUGAAUGUAAUUCAGGUAUUUCAAAGGAUAUUUGAUGCCAUAAAUCCCUGUAUUAUUAUAUAUGAAUAUAUAAAUACGUUUUCUUUGUUUUCCUUGUUCUUUUCCCUUUAUUUUUAUUGUAGUUUAUGGUGGAGUGAUGAUUGUCUUCAAGAAAUGCUAUGUAGAAUACAGAAAAUAUUCCUUUUUUUUGUUGGACAAACUUGCAGAUCCCCGUGUUACUUACAUAUUAUGCAUGUCUGCAGAAUAUCAUUUUUAAAAAUGUAAAUACAACGCACACAAUCACAAGUGCACUCACGGGGAACAUCUGAGCACAAAAUACUUUCCAAAAAAAAAAAAAAGCUGUGAUGUGUAGCUUUCAGUAAAUCCCAAAGUAAGUCGAAGAAUUCACAGUUGAUGUGUACAUAUUGUGGACAAUCCAGACAAAUCCACCAGUUUCCACUGUUUUAACAAGCUGGAAAAACCUGGUCACCGGCCUGCCGGUCCAGAGGUCGAACGUAUUCGACUGUUGCCAUGGUCCUGAGGAGGUAUACACAGAAUGAUGUAAUAUUUCCCACUGCCCUUUCUCCCUCUGUCUCCCUCGCCCUCCCUCCCUCAUCAUUAUUUUUCUCUUUUUCUCUCUCCCCAGUGCAAUCUCAUUAGAUUGGAUUGCCCCCUGGCCACGAGCCCCAGUGGCCAUGUGGCGUUGUAUCCUCUCCCCACCCCCCUCCCUCCCUCUUCUCCCUCUUCUCCCUCCCUUUCUCUUAUUCCGAUUCCUCCAGAGUGGAAGUGGUCUGAUUGAUGUCCAGCAACCCUAUAUCACAGUGCAGCCGUCCCUCUCCAGCUGGUGGCUUCAGUCAUGCCAUAAAGCCAGAUCAAUCAGAGUGCCCCCCGCUGUGCAUACUGAUCACUGUCUCAGAAACUGAAAACACAUUCACAACUUAUAAACCAACCCCCAGCCUCAAGCGGCACCAUCUCAUCAUAAUAAUGCUACCAAUUAUUCACACAUAAUUACAGAAAUUAAAUAAUGACUCAAGCAGCUCCAACAUUUUCAUGUCUUGUUCCCACUUCUCCCGUCAGUUUGUCCAACAAAACAAGCUUUUAUUUUUUACAUUUUUUGAUCUGUUAUGGCGGUAACUUUGUUCUUGGUUAUUGUACAUUUUCUGUAACCAUUUCUACCUCAUUUUUGCGGCAUAUUGUACAUGAAAGUAUUUAUUUCAUGUCUUUUUUAAUGUCUGUUUUGAAAAUGAUAAUAAUGUUCUUGAACUGUAAUGGUCUACCUCAGAAAAGACUGUAUUUUAAGAGAAGAGUAUCACACAAUAUUAAACAGAAUUUGUCAAAAUUG